UGUCCAAGCCAGCGACUGCUGUUUUAAAUAGGACCAUAAUGGACUCAUGCGCCAUCCUAUAUGAAAUAAGAAAACCAGAGCUAUGGCUGCCCCUGCACGCCGUCAGCCAACAUUUCUCUUGGUAUUGCUGUCCUUGGGGAUGGGCCAGCUCAAAGGCUUGUCUGAACCUCUCUCUGUGAACCCUGAUUCACUUGAAUUUGCCAUCAAUUUGACAUACCAACGUUUCAGUUUGCUAUGGAGUGUCCGUGGCCUUCUUGAUCAUCAGGAAAUACAAAUGAAUUUUCAGAUACAGAUCAGUAGGAUUAAUGAAUCCAAUGUCAUCUGGACUGGGAACUACAUCACCACGGUGAAGUCUAAGGAAUCCGUGCACUGGAGCUGGGAAUCGGAGCUCCCGUUGGAAUGUGCGACACACUUUGUAAGGAUCAGGAGUCAAGUGGACGAUGCCCAGUUCCCAGAGUUGAGGUCCUGGAGCAAGUGGACUUCAUGGAAGGAAAUACGGGUGCUCAAGCCUCUGAGUCCUGGGCAAACCUUCUCUCUUUUCCCCAAAGACAACCUGGUGGAAGCAGGCUCCAACAUGACUGUUUGUUACGUUUCCAGAAGUCACGGGAGCGAGAUCGCCUGCUUUUUGGAAACGGAGGAGAUCCAUGAAGAAGAAGCUCUGACGCCACAUGUGACCGUGUUCACCUUGAGAAAUGUCUCCUUCCUGAGACCAACUGGGACGAACAUGCACUGUCGACAGAAGUCGACCAAUGAGCUAAAAGGCGGCCUCGUGAUCUAUGUGUCCAAAAUUCUGGAAGACCCCAAGAACUUUUCUUGUGAAACCCAGGACUUGAAGACCUUGAACUGUACUUGGGAUCCCGUGGCUGUGACGGCUCCUGUGAACCUACACCCCUCAAAGAGAGUGCAACCUCCCGAAAGCUAUGCUUUAUAUGAAUCAUUUUCCCAGGAAACGAGAGUUUGUGAACAUAAUACCUGGUGCACUUGGCAAGUAGCUGAAGACUCCCAGGAUGAAUAUAACUUCACACUCCGACUUCAAAACAUAUUCAGAGAGAGAAGUGUCAAUCUUGCUUUCAAUCUGACUCACCGAGUUCAUCCAAGGCCUCCCUUUAAUUUCUUCCUUGAAAGUGUGAAUUCCACGAAUGCCCGUGUGUCCUGGAAGGUCUACCCUUUAAGGAAGCCCUCCACUCUCCUGUGUCGGGUUGAGUGUCUUCAGGAUGAGCACGUGAUGGAACAGCAGGUCAAUGUCUCCAUUGGGAUGCAGGGUGAAUAUCUUCUAAGUGGACUGGAACCCGACACACAGUAUUUGGCCCGAGUGUGCUGUGCUUAUGGCAACCACUUGUGGAAAUGGAGUGACUGGGUUGGUCAGAGAUUCACCACCCUCGAUGUUGCUCCCUCCGCUCCUGACAUGUGGAGAACUGUGGACCCGGUGCCAGGAGGUUACAACGUGACCUUAUACUGGAAGCUACUACCCAAAGAUCACCCACGUCGGAAGGUCCUGUUCUAUAAUAUAACGGUGGAAAACCUAGAUGAAUCCACAUCAACCCUCCUCUCUGUCCCCGCAACGCACAGCGACACAGCAGUCGCCCUCAGCCACUCCACGUACCGAAUCUCCGUCACAGCGACCAGCCGCGGGGGCACGUCUCCCGCCUCGGCCCUCGUCGUCUCUGGAGACUCCGGAGAUGAAAAGGUCGAAGAAGAAAGAGUUGUGGGCACAGCGGAGGGCAUCUUGCUGUCCUGGAAGCCUCGCUCUGGAGACGCCGAAGGCUACGUGGUGGAGUGGUACGAGCAGGCCUUGGGACCUCUCCAUGGUCUCCAGUGGAAGAAACUGGGUCCCAAGACCACACAUACCGUCAUCAGCCCCGAUGCUUUCAGACCCGGGAUUAGAUACAACUUCAGAAUUUAUGAAUUGUCCACAAAAUUGAUGGCUUUUUUAUUGGAGAAAAAAACAGGAUACUACCAGGAACUGGUUCCUUUGGUCAACCCUCAAGUGACUGUGGAGAAAAUGAACGCCCAUUCCUUCACUCUGAGUUGGAAGGAUUACUCCACCGAAUCCCAACACGGCUUUAUCAGAGGGUAUUAUGUCUACCUGAAACCCAAGAUGCAGCACUGCACCCAAGAAUAUAAAAAGGUGGCUCUCACAGAUAAUUCAUCCUAUUGCAAAUACAAAAUUAAUGAUCCAGAACAAAAAACAUUCGUGGUGAAACACCUACAGCCCCAGUCUGUCUAUGAGUUUUUCGUCACUCCAUUCACAAGUGUCGGGGAGGGCCCCAACGGAACUUUCAUGGCGAUCACAACUACAGAGCAAUACAGUAAGGAAUUGCUGAGAGACCAGAUGCUGCUAAGAGUCCUGCUCCCCAUGGGCUUCUGCGCCGCCCUCCUUGUGGUCAUUUUCUACAUGAAGAUCCAGUGGAUGAAGCAGCGCUGUUAUCCUGACAUUCCCGACCCUUACAAGAGCAGUAUCCUGUCACUCAUAAAAUCGAAGCAGAGCAGUAACCUGACACUACUGAGCCCCCAGGACUGCACUCCAGACGCAAUUGAGGUUGUCCACAAGCUGGAAGGGAGCAAGACACAGCUCACACAGAAGUCGGUCCCCAAGACGGAGCUCCCCCUGUCUGCGUCCCCCCAACUGGCAGAUCAGAGUCCCUCAGGUGGAAGAGCCUGCAUCUGUUUUGAGAACUUAACCUAUAACCAGCAAGUGCCUGAGCCCUGUUCUUGUGGCCAUAGCCCAGUGCCACCUACCACCCAAGCCCAUCCGCUGGGACUAUUCAGCUCACUUGAAAAUAUUUGGAAGGACUACAUGACGUCCCUGGGUGAAGUCCCAGCCGGAGAAACUGGCGUGAAUUACGUGUCCCAACUGACUUCUCCUGUGUCUGGGGGCAAAGACGGUCUCCCCAUUGAUCCACUAGUAGUUGAACAGUGUUCAGAGUAUAAAAUACAAAUGGUAGUCCCUCUGGGUGCCCCCUCAUCUCCCCACACUGAAGAUCGCAGUCUCUCCUCCAGUGCCCCUUAAAUCACAGUGAAUACUUGCUGACCGCUGUAAGGCCGCAAGGAGACCUUCCUUGGUAAUCCCAGUGAGCUGGUGCCAUCUGCUGGUCUGCUUGAUCUUGUUCUUAGGCGCCGUUGAGUCUGGCUUAUAGGCAAUCACUAAAGCACUCAAUCCUGGAAACUCUAUUAUGGGGGCUGUUCUAAACUGUCCUCCGGGGCUGCUGUUAGGAUCCCCUUGAUGGUGGUGGAGUGUGUGUGUGUGUUUUACCAUCCCGGUUGCAUUUAAAGGCCAGAGCCAUGGUCCCCGGUAGCCUUCUCAAGCUUGCUCUCCAAAUAGUGGGGCCACGUGAAGAUACAGACUCUGCUGCUGUUUGUCCAUGGCUCACCCUGUAACAGGCCAUGGACUAUUGGACUAGGGACAGGCAUCAACCACUCCAACC